AUGACCAGUGACAGUAUCACCAAUGACAUCAUGACCAGUGACAGUAUCACCAAUGACAUCAUGACCAGUGACAGUAUCACCAAUGACAUCAUGACCAGUGACAGUAUCACCAAUGACAUUAUCGCCAGUGACAGUAUCACCAAUGACAUUAUCGCCAGUGACAGUAUCACCAAUGACAUUAUCGCCAGUGACAGUAUCACCAAUGACAUCAUGACCAGUGACAGUAUCACCAAUGACAUUAUCGCCAGUGACAGUAUCAUCAAUGACAUUAUCGCCAGUGACAGUAUCACCAAUGACAUUAUCGCCAGUGACAGUAUCAUCAAUGACAUUAUCGCCAGUGACAGUAUCAUCAAUGACAUUAUCGCCAGUGACAGUAUCAUCAAUGACAUUAUCGCCAGUGACAGUAUCACCAAUGACAUUAUCGCCAGUGACAGUAUCAUCAAUGACAUUAUCGCCAGUGACAGUAUCAUCAAUGACAUUAUCGCCAGUGACAGUAUCACCAAUGACAUUAUCGCCAGUGACAGUAUCACCAAUGACAUUAUCGCCAGUGACAGUAUCACCAAUGACAUCAUCUCCAGUGACAGUAUCACCAAUGACAUUAUCGCCAGUGACAGUAUCACCAAUGACAUUAUCGCCAGUGACAGUAUCACCAAUGAAAUCAUGACCAGUGACAGUAUCACCAAUGACAUUAUCGCCAGUGACAGUAUCAUCAAUGACAUUAUCGCCAGUGACAGUAUCACCAAUGACAUUAUCGCCAGUGACAGUAUCACCAAUGACAUCAUGACCAGUGACAGUAUCACCAAUGACAUUAUCGCCAGUGACAGUAUCAUCAAUGACAUUAUCGCCAGUGACAGUAUCAUCAAUGACAUUAUCGCCAGUGACAGUAUCAUCAAUGACAUUAUCGCCAGUGACAGUAUCACCAAUGACAUUAUCGCCAGUGACAGUAUCAUCAAUGACAUUAUCGCCAGUGACAGUAUCACCAAUGACAUUAUCGCCAGUGACAGUAUCACCAAUGACAUUAUCGCCAGUGACAGUAUCACCAAUGACAUUAUCGCCAGUGACAGUAUCACCAAUGACAUUAUCGCCAGUGACAGUAUCACCAAUGACAUCAUGACCAGUGACAGUAUCACCAAUGACAUUAUCGCCAGUGACAGUAUCAUCAAUGACAUUAUCGCCAGUGACAGUAUCACCAAUGACAUUAUCGCCAGUGACAGUAUCAUCAAUGACAUUAUCGCCAGUGACAGUAUCAUCAAUGACAUUAUCGCCAGUGACAGUAUCACCAAUGACAUUAUCGCCAGUGACAGUAUCACCAAUGACAUUAUCGCCAGUGACAGUAUCACUAAUGACAUCAUGACCAGUGACAGUAUCACCAAUGACAUUAUCGCCAGUGACAGUAUCAUCAAAGACAUUAUCGCCAGUGACAGUAUCACCAAUGACAUUAUCGCCAGUGACAGUAUCACCAAUGACAUCAUGACUAGUGACAGUAUCACCAAUGACAUUAUCGCCAGUGACAGUAUCAUCAAUGACAUUAUCGCCAGUGACAGUAUCAUCAAUGACAUUAUCGCCAGUGACAGUAUCAUCAAUGACAUUAUCGCCAGUGACAGUAUCACCAAUGACAUUAUCGCCAGUGACAGUAUCACCAAUGACAUUAUCGCCAGUGACAGUAUCACCAAUGACAUCAUCUCCAGUGACAGUAUCACCAAUGACAUUAUCGCCAGUGACAGUAUCACCAAUGACAUUAUCGCCAGUGACAGUAUCACCAAUGACAUCAUGACCAGUGACAGUAUCACCAAUGACAUUAUCGCCAGUGACAGUAUCAUCAAUGACAUUAUCGCCAGUGACAGUAUCACCAAUGACAUUAUCGCCAGUGACAGUAUCACCAAUGACAUCAUGACCAGUGACAGUAUCACCAAUGACAUUAUCGCCAGUGACAGUAUCAUCAAUGACAUUAUCGCCAGUGACAGUAUCAUCAAUGACAUUAUCGCCAGUGACAGUAUCAUCAAUGACAUUAUCGCCAGUGACAGUAUCAUCAAUGACAUUAUCGCCAGUGACAGUAUCACCAAUGACAUUAUCGCCAGUGACAGUAUCACCAAUGACAUUAUCGCCAGUGACAGUAUCACCAAUGACAUUAUCGCCAGUGACAGUAUCACCAAUGACAUUAUCGCCAGUGACAGUAUCACCAAUGACAUCAUGACCAGUGACAGUAUCACCAAUGACAUUAUCGCCAGUGACAGUAUCAUCAAUGACAUUAUCGCCAGUGACAGUAUCACCAAUGACAUUAUCGCCAGUGACAGUAUCAUCAAUGACAUUAUCGCCAGUGACAGUAUCAUCAAUGACAUUAUCGCCAGUGACAGUAUCACCAAUGACAUUAUCGCCAGUGACAGUAUCACCAAUGACAUUAUCGCCAGUGACAGUAUUACCAAUGACAUUAUCGCCAGUGACAGUAUCACCAAUGACAUUAUCGCCAGUGACAGUAUCACCAAUGACAUUAUCGCCAGUGACAGUAUCACCAAUGACAUCAUGACCAGUGACAGUAUCACCAAUGACAAUGGUUGGUCCAGAAUGCUCCAGUUGUACACUGCAAUUCAUGUGUGUGUGUGUUUGCCGCGUGUCGUAGCAACUACAAAAAGUCAAGUGUAA